AUGGCAGUAUUGGACGAGGUCCCUCAUGUCACCGCACGUGUUCGAGUCGCCGGGGAGCUCGCCACAGAAUAUGAUCCCCUUGAUGACGAAGAAGCCGUGGUCAAACUUGACAAAGAAGGCAUCAAGAUCCCAAGAAAAGUGUGUUACGUCGAAUCCAAGUCAGGCGCCGAGUUUGCCAUCGAAAUUGCGGUUUCUGAUAAGAGGAACAAGCUUCUUGAGGUACCCCUCUCUAGUAGUAGGGAAGAGGCCAUCAUCAUCUCAUCCGGAAGAGUUUCACCAGAAACAUGGGCGAAAAAACCAAUACUGGGCAAGUUUGUCUUUGCUCCUAUUAAUACAAUCUCCGGUCCCACAAGCGCCGAUAGGCUCAACGAGGACCUCAAACGUGCGGAGACCUUGGGAACAAUCCGGCUGCGUCUUUUCACAUGUCGAUUUAAAGGAACGCGGCCCCGGAAGCAUCAUCCUUGCUAUUCUACCAGCCGAGAGGAUUCUACCAGCCGAGAGGUAGAAGUAGCGGAAAAGGCGCUGAAAGGCAAGGCAAUAAGCCAUACAACCACACUGGCUGAAACAACCGAGAAAACCAGUUCGCGCAAAGUAGUCACUACUGACAAACGUCUGAUGGGAGAAAUCUUCUUUCGUUAUCGGUCCUACCAAGCACUCCAGCAUGAGAUGAUUAUCCCACGCACACCGUCACCCGAGCCCUCAGCUACAACUGGCAUCGAUGCAAGUGCCCUUUCUCUCCUCACCGAGAGUGACAUUCGCCGUCUCGCUCUGGAAAGACUGCGUGAUACUCAGAUCAAGAAUGAGUCCUCUCGUGUCAAGCGGGAGGCAGAAGAAGCCUCCCAAUCGCCCCGGCGAUGGAAGUUUGUGAGACUGGAUGAUGGGAAAGAGACUGUCGACUUGACAGAUGACUGA